UCUGACCCGGUGAUGAUCCAAGCGGACGUGAGGAUAUUACACAAAAACGUGCGAAAGCAGCUGGAAACUUCUAGCAAAACGCCACUCAUUAAUAACUAACCACUUCUACCAGUAAUCCAGAGAGUAGACAUAGUUUAAUCCUACAGUACCUGGCAGCAUGUCAGUUAUUGAAGAGGAACGAGUCCGCGGUGCUGUUUUUAAGGACAUUAAUGCAGAAGAUGAAGAUCAGCAACCUACAGUGAUCGAGAGCUUGUGCAUGAACUGUUAUGAAAAUGGAAGUACACGUCUACUGCUUACUAAGAUCCCUUUCUUCAAAGAAGUCAUCAUCAGCUCCUUCACAUGCCCACACUGUAACUGGACCAACACAGAAAUCCAGUCUGCUGGACGGAUCCAAGAGCAGGGUGUGCUGUACACCUUACAGGUGAAGACCAAAGAGGACAUGAAUCGAGAGGUUGUGAAGUCUGACAGCGCAUCCACCAGAAUUCCACAACUUGAUUUCGAAAUUCCUGCUUUCACACAGAAGGGCUCUUUGUCAACAAUCGAGGGCCUCCUGGACAGAGCAGUGGCGGGUUUAGAACAAGACCAACCUAUUAGAAAGGCGACGGAUCCAGCUGUAGCUGAAAAAAUAGAGGAAUUCAUCGAGAGGUUGAAGAAACUUAAAGAAGUCGAAGAGGAAUUCACAUUAAUUAUUGAUGAUCCGUCAGGGAACAGUUUUAUUGAGAACCCGUUUGUGCCUCAGAAAGACACGGCUCUCACUGUCACGCAUUACAAAAGGACGCCUGAACACAACGCUGUGCUAGGAAUAGAGACCGAGGAAGAAGAAGACAACGAAAAGCCUAGCAAUGAUCUAGACACGAUGAGAAAUGAGGUAUUAGUGUUCAACACAAACUGCCCAGAAUGCAACGCCCCGGCCAAUACAAACAUGAAGCUUGUUCAAAUUCCACACUUUAAAGAGGUCAUUAUAAUGGCAACUAAUUGUGACAGCUGUGGACAUCGCACCAAUGAGGUGAAAUCAGGAGGAGCCACAGAAGAGCUGGGAACCAGAAUAACACUCCACUUAACCGACCCUUCAGAUAUGUCCAGAGACCUGCUGAAGUCAGAGACAUGUAGCGUGUUGAUUCCUGAGCUGGAGUUUGAGAUUGGGAUGGCGGCUCUUGGAGGGAAGUUCACUACGCUGGAAGGACUUCUCACGGAUAUCAAAGACCUAAUUGUUUCGAAAAACCCCUUCCUGUGUGGAGACAGCUCUACAGCAGAUAGAGCCGAGAAACUGGAGCUCUUUGGGCAAAAGAUUGACAAGAUAAUAGCAGGGGAAAUGGAUGUGCACAUUAUCCUGGAUGAUCCUACUGGAAAUAGUUAUCUUCAGAAUGUUUAUGCGCCAGAACCAGAUCCAGAAAUGAGGAUCGAGAAGUACACCAGGACCUUUGAGCAGAAUGAAGACUUGGGGCUGAAUGACAUGAAAACAGAAGGGUACACAGAGAAAUAGGCUUAAAGUCAGAGACAAAUAUGUUAUUACAUGCCAAAUUCUGUCAAAGCCAUUAUAUAACAUUAUUUAAUUCACUUUUACAUUUAUUGUAAUAGCUCAUGUAAUUACCACUUCUGAAAACCAUAAUGUCUUUUAAAGGCAGCGUUAGGAUUUGAAGAGGGGAAAACAUUAUUUUGGCUUGAAUAAGUGCAAGGCGCUGAAUUUUCCUUGUUGUCUAUAUCAAUUUUUAAGUUAUAAGUUUUGGUCAUCUUGGCUAUGAAGCCCCUUGUGUUAAUUACUAGUUUAACAGUACAAUUGUUACAAAGUUUUUGAAGUACUUAAAACUACAGACACUUAAUAAAGUAGUCUUAAGCACACUGGAUGUGAA